AUGGCCAUCGAGGUCACCGUUAUUUCUGCCGAGGUUUUGAGGUUAGGCAUAAACAUCUUUGUCAAGAAAGAUGUUUUCGUCGUAAGAUCUGACACAUUCAAUUCGCGAUCAACGGGCACAGAUAGGGAGGGUGGGAGCUACCCAACAUGGAAUGAGAAGCUGGUGGAGCUACCCAAUAGGAAGAGCGCGAUCUUUAAAUUUAUGUUGAAGGGUGCAAAUGGCGGGAAGAAUGGGAUAGUGAACCUCUCGGUCAGAGUCUUGAGCCCUGGGCAAGGGGAGCCUUGGUCCGGAGUUCCAAUGAUAGAUGGCAAGGCCAUUGCUCGUGGUAUUCCCAUUUCCCAUAAAUAUUAA